AUGUCGUUGUUUCCCGCCAAAAGGAAAAACAAUCGUUUGAGGUUCCCGCUCUGUUGCUUUUUAUGCGCAUUCUCCGUAUCAAACUACGCAAUCGCAAACGCGCGAAGGGUUUCUUUCCAACAAUUCCAAGGCAUGGACAUGUCAAAUCCUGCUGUAUUUGUAAAUGCUCAGUUGAUUCCCAACUUUACAGGGAAGAAAGUAAGAAUAGUGGUUCAGGUGAAUCAAUGUGAUGGCGGGGUUGCCACAGCAAAAUCCACUGAUGACUCUCAAUUAAUAAUAAAAGGGUUACCACAAGUUCCCAUUAUGAAUUUUAUUGAGGUCAUUGGUAUUGCUGAAAGCAGCAACUCCAUUGAUGCCGAAAUAUGGACUGACUUUGGCAACACAUUUGAUACCAACUCUUACAAUCAGCUGUGCCAACUAGCAAAUGGUGAAUUCAAAGGUCUGUUUCUCUAG